AAUGCUUUCAAAUUAAUGAUAUUAUUGAUAUAAAUAAAUUACCUUUUGGUACAAUAUUAAUUAAGCAUGAUAGCAAUCCUCCUCAUAGUAAACCCACUGAAGGCAUUGAAUAUAGUAUUCCAUCAA